ACCGUCGAUAGUAGAGGCUAGUCGGUUUGUUUAUGUUUUUCGCUGUGAUAUAAAGCAGAGCUAACAAACAAUCAGUUGCCGAGUGUAUGGAGCCUCAAGCACGCUCAAAAAUACAAAACAACAACUCAACAAGUGGAUUUAAGCCAUUCGUCGGUUUUUAAUGCGUUUGUUUGUGUUUUUCGGUGUGAACUAAGUCAAAGCUAACGAGCAAACAAUUGCCAAGUGCAUCAAGUGCCGCUUCUCAAUCAGCCUAAUUAACUGGGCCAAAGCCCAGUCAUAGCUGCCAAAAGGAGAUACACCAAAACCAAAUCAAAGGAUCUACUUUUACCUUUAAAGAGGAAAUCGUAGAAAAGCAACACAAAGAAUUGGCCCAGGGGCCAGGCACUAAGCCACAAGCAGCAAAAAGGAGACAGGACACUGCCGAAAGGGGGAGGGAGUGCCACAAUAGACAAAGUGUAUCAAUUAUAAUACGGGUACGGAAGCAGAAGCAGGACCCCAACAGAAAGAGGUACCAGAGCCCAGAGAGGAGGAGGAACAAGGUGAAGCAACCAGGAGGAGGAUCAAGAGGAACAUCCAGGAGACCCCACACACACACACAAACAGAUACACACAGAUAUGUCGGCAACGACAAGUACAACCACAAUUACCUCAGAUCCGGGCAUCCUCUGUUUUCAUCAUUGCAACGCAAAAGUUUUCUGCUUCACUUUGCCCCACACUUGUCCCCAUUGCAAUGCGCCACUGGAUGCGGAUGCAGAUGUGGAUGCAGAUGUGGAUGCGGAUGCGGAUGCCCAGUCCACAAUGGACAUGGGUGCGACAGCUGCCGCCAGUGCCGCCGCCCGCCUACUGCCAUUCCGUCUGCCGUAUCCCUUUGUGCGGGCCACACAGCAUCCGUGCGCCAUUGUCCUGCGGCCCUCCACCGGCGAUUUUCUCAACGAUUACAGCAACGCAACCGAUUUGCAUAUCGCAGUGACCACAUCCGGCGGCGACAUCGUGGAGUUCGAUCGGGACGGACUGCGGCGGCAUCGGCGGGACGAUAAUCCGCGCGAAUGGUGGCAGAGUCUCCUGGUGGGCGAUGUGCCCGAGCCCUGGCAUGACUACUGGGACGAGAUGCUGCAGCAGAUUUGCGCCCAAUCUAUGCGGUGGUCCGUUGCCAGCUACGUGGAGACCAGCCACAACUGCUAUGCCUUUGUCCUGGCCUUCCUCCAAGCCCUGGGCCAUGGCCAGUUGAGUGAAGCGGCCCGCAGUAAAACUGCCUUCUGUGAGAAAUACAUUGUGCCCCGUACGACGACGGCGGGCAAGUACAUCUCACUCUAUCGCAGGCUGCGUCGCAACGGAGUCCAUGUGCAUCGACAGCAGCCCAAGCUUAGGACUAAGCUGAAGUCAUCCACCGCCUCCUCAUCCGCAGAUGUCUGUGAUGGUGCCAGGAGCACCAGCAAAACCUCAGCAAAUGGCUUCGCCAGCAACAGUAUUGGCAUCAUUGGUUCACGGCCCCGUCCAAAGCUUUGCACUAUUGAAGAGUGAUCGAUGAAACGGACUAUCAAAUGGCAGUUGAGAGUGGGAUGGAUUCAGGUAAAUUAUGUGGAUAUUA